AUGUCAUCAUUAUCUUCCAUUAUUGAAACCUUCAAAGUUUAUUCUGAGAAACACAAGAAAUUCACAGAUGCUGAUCUAUGUAAGCUUUUAUGUAACUAUUAUACUUCAUCAGAUGUUGUUAAUCAUUAUCAACAAGCUAUCAGACAACUUGAUACAGAACCGUUAAAUGAAAGUUAUCAAUGGUUAUUAUUUACCGGUUUUCGUUCACUUACUAGUUCGUUUUUCUAUACUGAUGAACUUCGCGACAAACUUUGUCAGUUUUGGUUACCAAAAUAUGAAUAUAUGCUUAAAGAAUUAUUACCACAUCCAGCUAAUGAUAUACAAGAUAAAUAUCCUAAUCAUUUACGACUAAAUGCAAUUAAAUAUUUAAUUACAAAUAUGAUUACUAAGCAACAAACAAUAGAAAGUUCAAUUCAUCUUCUUAAAACAUAUGGACAAUUUCAAAAUUUUUCACAAAAGGAUCAAUAUUUAUCGAUUAUUAAACUAAUUUCAUCAUUGUUAAUCAAUGAACAUUUUCUUGAAGGUGUCAAAAAUGAUGAUUAUACAAACAUUAAAUUUAAAUGGAAUGGAAAUGAUCCUUCAAAUACAAUAAAUGUUAAACCUACAAUCGUUUUAUGGAUUAUAUUAAAAUUGAUUAUUCAUUUUAUUAAGACAGAUGAAAAUUGUUUAAUAGAUAUUAAAUAUAAUACAAAUAUCAAAGAAAUAUUAUUAAAAUCAAUGAGACAAAUUGAAGAUAAUCAUCCAAUAAAAACUUCUGCUUAUGCUGUUUUAACUUUGUUAAUCAAUGAAAAUGAUAUUAAAAACGAAAUUAAUAAUCCAAAUCAAAUAAUUUCGGUAUUAGUUGAUAAUGUUGAUCAAUCUUCUCGAUUUUUAUGUAAUGGAGUAUAUAUUAUAGAUCUUAUGAUAGCAUUAAAAGGUAUGCUUCUUUAUGUCUUAGUAACUAUUCAGAAUUGA